AUGGACCGACAAAAGCCGUUCGGCCUACAGUGCAGUCUCGCGAGGUUUGCUCGAGAUGUUCAGGUCUUGAAUCCGGUCGCGAGUGGAAAGAAUCCCAGGGAUCACUUGGACUUCGUGCGGCUCAUCCUACGCGAUGCGAAAGAACUUGUGCAAGACUACGAGUUCAUAGCUACCAGAUUUGGGCGCAGCAAAGAGGAGAAUCAGCAGCAUCCAGCUUCAAGCCAGGACCCCGAGAUCAAUGUCCGUCGCAGCUCAGCUUUGUUUGCGCCUCAGGGCACUGGCUCUGGUAGUGCCGUCAAAGGCAGCCCAGCUAUUUCCAGAACCACACCGAGUGGUUUCUUUUCGUCCCCCACAAGCUCGCCGGCUCCUCAGAGUUUGGUCCAAAACGUGGGCUUUCCUUCGAGCCGCACGCAAGUGUUCCAAGAUGAUGGACCCCGAGAUGAUUAUCAGAAUCUAGUCGUUCCGUCAGAGGUGAACAUCCCUCCAAGACUGAGGAGGCAAUCGCCCAAGCAGAUGGCGUGUAUCUUGACAGAGCACCAGAGGAUUGGUCUUACGUAUCUGCUGCAACAGGAGAAAGACCCGAGGAAGAAGGGAUGCCUUCUUGCAGACGGCAUGGGUCUGGGAAAGACCAUACAGGCAAUGGCACUGAUCGUGGCUCACCCACCCAAAAACCCAAAGUGCAAGACAACGCUCAUCGUGGCCCCGCUGGCGCUUCUCAGGCAAUGGGAGCAAGAAAUCCAUACCAAGAUCAGGCCCAAGUACGGGCUCAGCACCCUCGUCUUUCACGGUCCCGAUAUCAAAGACAUGACCAUUGCGGAUGUGCUCAAACACGACGUUGUCCUUUGUACUUAUGCCAAGCUGCAGAUCGAGUUCAAGAACAAACACGAGCUCAAGAAGCCUAUGAAGGUGAAGCUCCUGGCCAACAAGACAAGAUUCCACCGCGUUAUCUUGGACGAAGCACACAACAUCAGGAACCAGAGCACCUACUGUUCCAAGGCCGCAGCAGAGAUCAAGUCGGAGUACAAACUUUGUAUGACCGGAACCCCAUUCAUGAACCGAGCCGAGGAGAUCUUUCCCCUCAUACGGUUCCUGGGGAUUGCGCCUUAUAACGAGUGGGAGCGCUUCAGCGAGGAGAUCGUGAGGCCAUUGAGGAAGUGGGACGGGGACGGCAGGGACCAAGCGAUGGUCAAGCUGCAAGCCCUCUUCAGGAGUUUCACACUUCGGCGGACUAAAGAGAGCAUGCUCGAUGGGAAGCCGAUCAUCGAGCUGCCGCCGCGCACCGACAUGCCCUCGUACGUCGAAUUCAAAUCCGAGCAACGGGAGUUCUACCAGGCACUGGAGGUGCAGCAACAGUUGCAGUUCAACAAGUACCUGCUCAACGGGGCAGUCAUGAAGAACUACAUGCACAUCCUGAUACUGCUGUUACGACUGCGCCAGGCCUGCGAUCACCCGUUCCUCCUGAAGAACAUUGGCAUCCCCGAUGGAGCGAAGCUCGACGAUAAGCAGAUGGUGAAAUUGGCAUGCAAGCUACCUGGACAGGUGUUGCAGAGGCUCAAGAAGCAGAAAUGCUUCGUGUGCCCUCUCUGCAACGAGGCGACAGAUAACCCUGUCAUCGUGGUUCCUUGUGGCCACCAUGUCUGUUGUGGCUGUUUCACCGCAAGCGUGGCUGUCGUUGAGACUGAGGGGCUCAUGGAUCUCAUGGAUGAUCGAGACGAUGAUGGCAGCGGUCCCAGGAAGAAGGCCCUUGUCCCAUGCCCCGGUGAGGGAUGUGAGCACAAUAUCACCCCGACAAACAUCGUGUGCUACAACUUUCUUUCUGACGUCCCUGACUCAGCUAUUGGUUUCGACGAGGACGACGACGCCGACGACGACCAGAAAGAUCGUCCGAUCCCCACCGUCGAGCUUCCCCAGGCCCCCCCAGUUGGCGAGUGGGUCCAUUAUGACAAUAACGAUGAAGAGGACGACGACGAAGAUGAUGCUGAUGAGAACGGUAACCUUCGAGGAUUCGUUGUGGACCAUGUCAACGUCAGCGACGAUAACGAGGUGGAUCUUGACGAUGGUGACCAAGACGGAGAUAGCAGUGAUGAGGAUCACGGAGCCGAUAGCAAGGGGGGGAUGGCCUCAUUCGGCAGCCCUGGAUUCCUCCAGACCGACGGCGCGUUCGAUGACUCCCGCGCCAACCGCAACAGUGUCAAGCCCAAGCGCAAGUCAUCCUCCGCCACGCUGGGCGGCAGGAUCGACAAGAAGUCGCGAACGGCGGCGGCGUCCUCCUCCGGCAGGCACAACAGGAAGGGCAAAGAGCCCCAGAAAAAGAAGAAGAAGAAGGUGGUGACCAUGGCCGACCAGCGACAGGCGGCGCAGCGCAGCAGCAUGGCCAUGUCGGCGUACAAGGCCCGGCUGCGCAAGGAGUGGAUCUCGAGCGCCAAGACGGACGCCAUCAUGGAGAUCCUGGAGCAGAUCCGGCCCGGCGGCGAGAAGACGCUCGUCUUCAGCCUGUGGACCUCGUUCCUGGACCUGGUCGAGAUCCCCAUCGAGCGCGCGGGCGUGCGGUACACGCGGUACGACGGGUCCAUGACGCCCGGGGGCCGCGAGGCGGCCGUCAAGUCGUUCAUGGAGGACCCGCGCGUCAAGGUGAUGCUGGUGUCGCUCACGGCGGGCAACGCGGGGCUGAACCUCACGGCGGCGAGCCAGGUCAUCGUCACGGAGCCGUUCUGGAACCCGUACGUCGAGGAGCAGGCCAUCGACCGGGCGCACCGGUUCGGGCAGGAGAGGCCCGUCACGGUGCACCGGCUGCUGAUCCCGGGGACGGUGGAGGACCGCAUCGUCGCGCUGCAGGAGAGCAAGAAGAUGCUUGUUAAUGCUGCGCUGAGCGAGAAGGGGGCUGCGAAGAUCUCCAAGCUCAGUCUUGAGGACCUGCGGAACUUGUUUGGCCUCUGA